AUGAUUGAUCCUCGAGCAUCUCAUCACGUCGUGAGUCGUUGGAAACUCGACCUGGCCGCCCGAUGGUACACGAUCCAGUCUGAAACACUACACAUUCCCGAUCGAUUCGGUUUUCUCACCAAGGGGACACCUCCGAGCGAGGUUUUUGAAGUUGAAAGAGUUAUCAGGCUGUCGCUUUGUCAAUUUUGCUUCCUCAUCCUCCUCUCACUGGUCUUCACUCGCUUACCACAGAUCGGGAUAUCUCGAACUUUGCAGGCCUCGGGGUUCAUAUUGGGAGUGCAGUUCCUAGUAUUUGGUCUCUUUUGGGCGCUUCAGUAUUUGCCUCCUCGCGCCAGUUCUAUAAACUGGGGGACAUGGGAGUACAGCGAUGAUACAGCUCACAUCAAUUACUUGAAGGAAGUGUUCGGGAGCUAUUGCAAUGGGUGGGACUCCGAAUUGUUUUUCGACUUGCUACCUGCUUUGCUCAGUUGUUGUGUCGGCUGGUUUUGGGUCGAUAGGUACUGGGUGUGGCUGAAGGUGGUGGCCAUCGUGGAUGAGGCAAGGAAGCUGUUGUGUGGUCAUUGGUGA